GUCGUUUGUUUCUAUGCCUCGUUCCCCCGGUCCGCCAACUGUCAAUCAGUUCCAAUAUGAACGACUUGUUAAUGCACCAAAGCAGCUGAAGGGACGCGAAUAGCAUAAGAAAAGACCGCAGGUUGGCUGCGUUUGCAGCCAGGAGAGAGAGGGAAAGAUGCCUCCUCCACCUUUUACCUUAGAAGCUCAGCUGAGAUUCCAUGACAAAUGGCUGAAGAUAGACUUACAGCGGGCAUUCUCUCCAGAGGGGUUGAGUGAGAUGUGGAAUGAAAUGGUCAAGGAUGAGGAGAUUACAUUCAACAGAGAAGAAUCAGCUCACCCAGAAGACUGCACUGAUUGCUUUGGGUCACAGAAAAAGGAUGAGUCCAAUGAUAAAGAAAAGAAAGAAGAAGAGGACACGUCAACAUCUGUCCAUCACUCCAUCAUUGAGACCUGGGACUGGGGGAGGCAGCCUGAUGAGAAUGAACUGAAGGACUGCUUGAUGGUCCUGGUUGAUGACCAGCAAAAGCUCGCAGCCCAGAUGGCCAAGAGCACCCUGUCCGCCCAGCGCCUUCGCCAGCGCCUUGUCAUCCUGGAGCGUUAUCUUAUCUCCCUCAGCCACAGCCUGAUGGAGGAGAAGUAUAAGGUCCGCUGGAAAAGCCUCCCCAGCCCACCUCUGCCUGCUGCUGACAACAAGAGCCAACGUCCAGUCAGUAAAGGUGUUGAGGGCUUGGCCAGGGUGGGCUCCAGAGCAGCUCUCUCUUUCGCCUUUGCUUUCCUACGCAGAGCCUGGAGGUCAGGUGACGAUGCAGAUCUUUGCAGUGAGCUGCUCCAGGAGUCUCUGGAUGCCUUGCGUGCUCUACCAGAGGCCACGUUGUUUGAUGAGGGAACCGUGUCAUCGGUGUGGCUGGAGGUUGUUGAGAGGGCUACUAAGUUCCUCAGUGAUGUACAUGGAAGUGGCAGCUCCAAAGGCAACAUUCCUCUACAGGACCAGCAUCUAGCCCUUGCCAUUCUGCUAGAGCUGGCAGUGCAGAGGGGUACUCUAAGUCAACUUCUGUCAGCUGUGCUGCUCUUGCUGCGCCUGUGGGACAGUGGCACCAGAGAGAUGGACAACGAGCGCUCCACUCAGGGAACCAGUGCUCCCCUCCUGCCCCUCCUGCAGCGCUUUCAUAAUAUUCAUAGUAGCAAGGAGGAGCCCAUUCCCGAAGAAGAAGCUGAGAUUCUCAUGUCCCCUCUGAGUCCAAAUGAGAGUUUCCUGCGCUACUUAACCUUGCCACAGGAUAAUGACCUGGCCAUUGACCUGCGACAGACCGCUGUGGUGAUCAUGGCCCACCUGGAUCGCUUGGCCUCUCCCUGCAGCCCUCCACAGUGCAGUUCCCCCACCUCACACAAGGGAACUCUGCAGGAGGUGAUUGCGUGGGGUCUGCUUGGCUGGAAGCUGUAUGCCAAUGUCAAUGGACCCAUCCAGUGCAAGGCCCUAUCUAGUCUCGGUGUCACACAAAUUGUUUGUUCAGAGAAGGGAUUUCUCAUUCUUUCCAGCAGUGGUGCUGUUUAUACUCAGAACUACAAGAGUACUACUCUGGCUCCAAUGUUGGUCCAUGCUCUGAGCUCUAGAAAGAUUGUGAAGUUGGCAGCUCAUCCAGAUGGGCAGCACUACUUAGCCCUUUCAUCCAAUGGGGAGGUGUUUUCCUGGGGCUGUGGUGAUGGUGGCCGCCUUGGACAUGGAGACACCACGUAUCUAGAGGAACCUGCCAUGAUAACAGCCUUCAAUGGUAAGCAGAUGGGGAAGCAUGUGGUGCACAUUGCGUGUGGGAGCACCUACAGCGCUGCCAUCACGGCUGAUGGAGAACUCUACACCUGGGGAAGAGGGAAUUAUGGUCGACUGGGCCAUGGCUCAAGUGAGGACCAGACCACACCCAUGCUGGUGACAGCGCUGAAAGGACUAAAGGUGCAGGACGUUGCCUGUGGAAGUGGUGAUGCGCAAACACUUGCGGUGACUGAGAACGGUCAGGUGUGGUCCUGGGGGGACGGAGACUACGGUAAACUGGGCCGAGGUGGCAGCGAUGGCUGCAAGACACCCAAGCUGGUGGAAAAACUUCAGGACCUAGACAUAGUGAAGGUGUGCUGUGGCAGUCAGUUCUCAGUAGCCCUCACCAAGGAUGGCCAGGUGUACACAUGGGGGAAGGGAGAUAACCAGCGACUUGGUCAUGGCACUGAUGAGCAUGUCCGCUACCCCAAGUUGCUUGACAGCCUACAGGGGAAGAAAGUUAUGGACAUCGCUGUAGGUUCCACACACUGCCUUGUUCUUACUGAUGAUGGAGAGGUACACAGCUGGGGCAGCAAUGAUAAGCUACAACAUUUUGAUACACUGUUCUCCAAUAAGAAGCAGCCCAAAGCACUGCCAGAGCUCAACUCCAAACACAUAGUUGGCAUCUCCUGUGGCCCAGGACAGAGCUUUGCCUGGUCCUCAUGCUCAGAGUGGUCCGUGGGUCAACGUGUCCCUUUUGUGGUGGAUGUGUGUCCCAUGACAUUUGAGCAGUUAGACCUGCUCUUGCGUCAGGUCAGCGAAGGCAUGGAUGGCAGCUCAGACUGGCCUCCCCCACAGGAGAAGGAAUGUAUGAUAGUGGCCACUCUCAACCUACUUCGGCUUCAGCUCCAUGCAGCCAUCAGUAACCAGGUGGAUCCAGAGGAACUGGGCUUGGGCCUUGGCAGUUUACUGCUUAACAACCUGAAACAGACUGUGGUUAUGCUGGCUAGCAAUGCCGGGGUGUUAAACACUGUGCAAGCAGCUGCCCAGGCUGUCCUCCAAAGUGGCUGGUCAGUCCUACUGCCCACUGCUGAGGAGAGGGCCAGGGCACUAUCCUCACUCCUGCCUAACACAGCAUCAGGAAAUGAGAUGAGUGUCAGCCCUGGGCGCCGCUUCAUGAUCGACCUGUUGGUCAGCAGCCUGAUGGCUGAUGGGGGGUUAGAGUCAGCUCUGAAUGCAGCCAUCACUGCGGAGAUCCAGGAUAUUGAGGCCAAGAAAGAGGCUCAAAAAGAGAAGGAGAUAGAUGAACAAGAGGCCAACGCCUCCACCAUGCACCGCUGUCGCACCAUGCUGGACAAAGACCUUAUCAAUACUGGAAUUUAUGAGUCUGCCGGGAAACAAAGCCUGCCACUAGUUCAGCUUGUGCAACAACUAUUGAGGAACAUUGCCUCCCAGACCAUCGCGAGGCUGAAGGAUGUCGCUCGGCGGAUCUCUAACUGUUUAGACGCAGAGCAGGUCAGUAAGGAGCGCUCUGCCUCCUUGGAUCUGCUGCUGCGCUUCCAGCGGCUGCUGGUCAGCAAGCUCUACUUGGGUGUCAAUGGUACAGAGAACGUCAAUGGUUACAGCCCCGAGCUCCUGGGUGUAGGGUCCCUGCUGAAGAAAUACAUUGCCCUGCUAUGUACCCACAUUGGGGACAUCCUCCCUGUGGCAACUAGUAUUGCCCUUACUGGCCACCGUCACUUUGCUGAAGUCUCUCGUGUUAUUGAGGGAGAUUUAACAGGUGUGCUCCUGCCUGAGUUGGUGGUGUCCAUUGUCCUCCUGCUCACCAUUGAUGCGGGUCUUAUGCAGGAGACGGGCUCCAUCCCUCUCCUGGCUGGACUCUUGGAACACCUUGAUCGAUUCAACCACUUGGCCCCAGGACAUGACCGAGAUGAUAAUGAAGACCUGGCCUGGCCGGGAAUUAUGGGUUCGUUCUUUUCAGGGCAGAGUUCCAAGAACAAUGAGGAGGUGUCCCUCAUCCGCAAGGCUGACCUAGAGAAUCACAACAAAGAUGGGGGUUUCUGGACAGUCAUUGAUGGAAAGGUCUAUGAUAUCAAAGACUUCCAGGCUCAGUCCCAGUCACUAACAGGAAACAGCAUCCUGGCCCAAUUUGCAGGGGAGGACCCUGUUGUUGCUUUGGAAGCUGCCUUGCAGUUUGAGGACACCAGGGAGUCCAUGCAGGCCUUUUGUGUUGGCCAGUAUAUGGAGCCCAACCAGGAGACAGUGACCACCCCAGACCUCAGCAGUCUUUCCUCCCCACUCAUUGACACAGAGAGGAACCUGGGGCUGCUGCUGGGGCUGCAUGCGUCCUACCUGGCAUUGAGCACCCCUCUGUCACCUAUGGAGAUAGAAUGUGCCAAAUGGCUCCAGUCCUCCAUAUUCUCUGGAGGCUUGCAGACCAGUCAGAUCCACUAUAACUAUAAUGAAGAGAAGGAUGAGGACCACUGCAGCUCCCCAGGUACAACCACUCCAGAUAAGGCCAAGCUGUACUCCCGCAGGAUAACCCUCAGCGACCAUGCACAGCCUUUCUUGCAGGCAAUUGCUGACAACAACACUCAGGACCACACUGUGAAGGAUUUCUUGUGCCAAAUAGAGCGUUGUUGCAAGCAGUACCACCUUAUUACGCCCAUCACCUUCCCCCCAGAGCACCCUGUAGAGGAAGUUGGCCGCUUGCUGCUCUGCUGCCUGCUCAAACAUCAAGACCUCGGCCACAUCGCUCUCUCACUUGUCAACCAGUGUGCCUUGAGGGUGGACCAAGGGAAGCAGCGGUCACUCCCCAAAUCUGUGAUUGAUGUGUGCCGCAUGGUGUAUCAGGCAAAGUGCUCUUUAAUCAAGACCCAUCAGGAACAAGGCCGCUCUUAUAAGGAGGUGUGCGCUCCAGUCAUUGAGCGGCUUCGCUUCCUCUUCAACGAACUGCGUCCAGCUGUAAGCAAUGACCUGUCUAUAGUGUCCAAACUGAAACUUCUCAGCUCUCAGCCACGCUGGAAAAGGAUUACCCAGAAAUUAAUCAGGGACCGCAGGAAAAAAAGAGUGCCUAAGAAAUCAGAGUCUGCUGAUGAAGAAGAGCCAAAGCUCGAGAAUGAAGGGACCAAUGAAGAGGAACUUAAUGUUACCAUCAGCCCUGCACCUGCUGAUAGAAAAUCACCCACUAGCAAGACACCCAAGGACAAGUGGCAACCGCUUCUGAACACAGUGGCCAAUGUGCAGAAAUACAGGUGGCUUAAGCACAGUGUUCAGGGGGCCUACUGUCAGUCUAGCCUUAUGGCUACCAUAGUGGAGUUUGCUCUGAAAGAAGAACCUCUAGACGUGGAAAAGAUGAGGAAGUGUCUUCUAAAACAGCUGGAGAGGGCUGAGGUGAGGCUAGAAGGCAUUGACACCAUGUUGAAGCUGGCCUCAAAAAGCUUCCUCCUCCCGUCUGUGCAGUAUGCAAUGCUCUGUGGCUGGCAGAGGGUUAUACCAGAAGGGACCAACAUUGGAGAGCCCCUGUCUGACUGCCUGAAGGAUGUGGACCUGAUACCCCCAUUUAACCGCAUGCUGCUGGAGGUGACCUUUGGCAAGCUUUAUUCCUGGGCCAUUCAGAACGUCCGCAACAUCCUGCUUGAGGCCAGUGUCCGGUUUAAGGAACUGGGUGUGCAGCCUGUUCCCCUGCAAACCAUCACUAACGAGAACCCAGCGGGACCAAGCCUCGGCACCAUUCCACAAGCCCGCUUCCUCCUUGCCAUGAUACAUAUGCUCUCCCUGAAGCACGGGGCCAACAGCCUCAGUCUGCUACUGAACUCUGGCAUGCUGGCCCUUACACAGAGCAUCCUGAGGCUCAUUGGUCCAAGCGCAGACAGCAAUGAGGAGGACCUGAGUUUAUGUGCACAUGGAGGCUCAGCAACAGUACUGGAAGAGUCCAGGAAAGAGGCUGCCCCCACCCCGCUGCCUGCCUCAGGCCCAGAGCUGGCUUCCAUGAUGAAAAUAGGUACCAGAGUCAUGCGGGGACUGGACUGGAAAUGGGGAGAUCAGGAUGGUCCGGCUCCUGGUCUGGGACGAGUCAUCGGGGAGCUGGGCGAGGAUGGCUGGAUCAGAGUCCAGUGGGAUACAAGCAGCACCAACUCCUAUAGGAUGGGCAAGGAGGGCAAGUAUGACCUGAAAUUAGCUGAGCCACCACCUACUACCCAGCCUGCCACUGAGGACUCUGACACAGAGGAUGAUAUAGAAGGUGAGCCGGUGGAGAAGAGCAGCCACCCUACAGCAAUGAUGCUGACCAGCACAGUAAACCUGCUGAAGACUCUAUCUCUAUCAGCUGGGAUCUAUGCAGAGGUGUUGCAGACAGAUGCGACACGGACCCUCUGUGGGCUGCUGAGGAUGCUAGUGGAGAGUGGAGCCAAUGACAAGUCAGGCUGUACCUCAAAUAGGCUGGUGUCUCGGGAGCAGCACAGGAGCUGGUGCACAUUGGGCUUCAUCCGCAGCAUUGCGCUCAUGCCCCAAAUGUGCAGCACCCUCAGCUCCUCUGCAUGGAUUAGCUUGCUCAUCCGGAUCGUGGAAGGACACCAGUCCUUCAAUGCUAUCACUCUGCAGAGACAGAUCCUAGCGCUGCGUCUUCUGCAGGCAGUGUUGCCAUCAUGGGACAAGAUGGAGCGCUCUCAGGACAUGAAAUUCCUCGUCGAGAAGUUGUUUGGCUUCCUGGGCAGCCUGUUGAGCACCUGUUCCUCGGAUCUGCCACUUCUCAGAGAGGGCUCCAUGCGACGGAGGAAGUCCCGCCCUCAGGCGUCCCUCACUGCCACUCACAGCAGUACAUUGGCUGAAGAGAUUGUUGCUGUCCUGCGCACUUUACACUCUCUAGGUCAAUGGAAUGGCCUGAUAAAUGAAUACAUUAACAUUCAGCUCAGUUCCAUUGGAGACGUCAUGGCAGGCCGCCAGUCUGAAGCAGCAUACCUGGAAGAGUACUUUCCUGACCCAGAGGGCUCUAGAGUGGGCAGUUUGAUGGCUGUGCUGGCAGUGAUUGGAGGAAUUGAUGGGCGUCUCAGACUAGGCGGCCAGGUGGUUCAUGAGGAGUAUGGAGAGGGAACAGUCACCCACAUUACCCCAAAAGGACGCAUCACUGUCCAGUUUCAUGAGAUGAGGACAUGUAGGGUUUGCUUACUCAGCCAACUCAAACCGCUGCCAGUAGUGUCCUUCGGUGUGCAGAACUUGCCCUUCACAGAGCCCAUGCUAGCAGUGUGGGCCCAGCUGGUCAAUCUAGCAGGCAGCAAGCUAGAGAAACAGCGCAUGAAGAAGUCCCUCAGCAGAGGACUUACAGCUGACCAGGUGGACAUUCAUUUGCUGCGGUGCCAGCAGCUGAGGCUGUAUAUUUUAAAGGCAGCACGGGCCCUGCUCUCUCACCAGGACAAACUCAGGCAGAUCCUCUCCCAACCCGCAGUUGUGGACAUAGGACCCAACCCCAGUGAGGACCCAGUGGUGUCAUCGCCUGAUGCGGGUGACUUGUCUCCUGAGGGGCCACUCCCUCCACUGAUCCUGUUACAGCAGCUGCUGGCCGCUGCUACCCAGCCUUCUCCAAUCAAGGCCAUAUUUGACAGGCAGGAGCUGGAGGCUGCAGCUCUGGCAGUUUGUCAGUACCUGGCUGUAGAAUCCACCCACCCCUCUUCACCACUGUUUGAGGAGAGCAGCUCCAGUGAGGCCACCACUCCUGUCACAGUGCAGCAUGUCAGACCACCCAAACAGAAGAAACAGAAGGCUUCUCCUACCCCUCCACUACCCAUAGUUCUUCAACUAAUGGAGAUGGGUUUCCCAAGGAAAAACAUUGAGUUUGCCCUGAAGUCACUAUCUGGAACUACUGGCAGUGCCUCUGGUGUCCCAGGUGUGGAGGCUCUAGUCGGCUGGCUCCUGGACCAUCCUGAUGUUCACAUCACUGAGCUGUCAGAUGCAGACACUGUGUCAGAUGAAUACUCUGAUGAGGAGGUGCUGGAGGAGCUAGAGGAGACAGAGCCUGCCUUCCCCGUGCCUCCGGGAGCAGUGGUCACCGAGAGCCAAACAUUUAAGAAAAGAUCAGAUUUCCAAAGCAAUGAUGAUUACGCAGUGUAUGUGAGAGAGAACAUUCAGGUGGGGAUGAUGGUAAAGUGCUGUAGAACGUAUGAGGAAGUGUAUGAGGGGGACGUCGGGAGAGUGAUCAAGCUGGAUCGAGAUGGACUUCAUGAUUUGAAUGUGCAGUGUGACUGGCAACAGAAAGGAGGGACGUACUGGGUCCGCUACAUCCACAAUGAGCUCCUUGGAUUCCCACCGCAGAGUUCUCCAUCCCAUAUAAAAAUUGGUGACAAAGUCAGGGUGAAACCAACAGUCACCACACCUAAGUACAAGUGGGGCUCUGUCACUCACAGGAGUGUUGGAGUUGUGAAAGCUUUCAGUGCCAAUGGAAAGGAUGUUAUUGUGGACUUCCCUCAGCAGUCUCACUGGACUGGCCUGCUGUCUGAGAUGGAGCUGGUGCCCAGUGUUCACCCUGGAGUGAGGUGUGACGGCUGUCAGAUGUUCCCCAUCAAUGGUCCCAGGUUCAAGUGCAGGAACUGCGAUGACUUUGACUUCUGUGAAAACUGCUUCAAGACCCGCAAGCACAACACCAGGCAUUGUUUUGGCAGAAUCAACGAGCCUGGCCAGUCUCCAGCAUUCUGUGGGCGUUCAGGAAAGCAGCUGAAGAAGCAUCACAGCAGCCAGCGCGGAAUGCUGAUUGAUGAAUGGUCUCGUGCUGUCAAGAGCCUCAAUGUCUCAUCCUCCAUUAACCAGGUCUCACGCCUCAUUGACUGCAGCGAUCAGUGCUGGCAGUCCUCUGGCUCCCAGGGAAAGCAUUGGAUUCGUCUGGAGUUAUUCCCAGAUGUUCUGGUCCACAGGCUGAAAAUGAUUGUGGACCCAGCAGACAGCAGUUACAUGCCCUCUCUGGUAGUUGUGUCAGGUGGCAGCUCUCUGAACAACUUGAUUGAGUUGAAGACAAUCAAUAUUAAUCCUACCGACACCACUGUUCCUCUACUUAGUGACUGCACUGAGUAUCACAGAUACAUUGAGAUUGCCAUCAAGCAAUGCCGCAGCUCUGGUAUAGACUGCAAAAUUCAUGGCCUUGGCAUUGUUGGGAGAAUCAGAGCAGAAGAUGAAGACUUGGCCACAGUCCCCUUCCUUGCAUCUGACAAUGAAGAAGAGGAUGAUGAUAAAACUGCCUCCGGGAGUCUUGCCCGUAAGAAAUCAUCAGGAUUGGAGUCAGCAGCCACCAUCAGGACCAAAGUGUUUGUUUGGGGACUAAAUGACAAGGACCAGCUGGGAGGACUCAAGGGAUCAAAGAUCAAGGUGCCAUCCUUUUCUGAAACCCUUUCUGCUCUCAAUGUGGUACAAGUGGCUGGAGGGUCGAAGAGCCUCUUUGCAGUGACAGUGGAAGGGAAGGUGUACGCAUGCGGAGAGGCUACAAAUGGCAGGUUGGGCCUAGGUUUGUCUAGUGGGACCAUCCCCAUUCCCCGCCAGAUCACCGCUCUCAGCAACUAUGUGGUGAAGAAGGUUGCUGUGCACUCUGGGGGGCGUCAUGCCAUGGCCCUGACAGUGGAUGGAAAGGUCUUCUCUUGGGGUGAAGGAGACGAUGGCAAACUGGGACACUUCAGCAGAAUGAACUGUGACAAGCCUCGAUUGAUUGAGGCACUGAAGACCAAGCGCAUUCGGGACAUUGCCUGUGGCAGCUCUCAUAGUGCAGCCAUUACUUCCAGUGGGGAGCUGUAUAGCUGGGGUUUGGGAGAGUAUGGACGCCUCGGACAUGGGGAUAACACUACUCAGCUCAGGCCCAAACUGGUGAAGGUGCUUCUGGGACACCGUGUUAUUCAGGUGGCUUGUGGAAGCAGGGAUGCUCAAACUCUAGCCCUCACUGAUGAAGGCUUGGUGUUCUCUUGGGGGGAUGGGGAUUUUGGUAAACUGGGCCGUGGGGGCAGUGAGGGCUGCAACAUCCCCCAGAAUAUUGAACGGCUCAAUGGACAGGGCGUCUGCCAAAUUGAGUGUGGAGCACAGUUCUCUUUGGCUCUCACCAAGUCAGGAGUAGUAUGGACCUGGGGCAAAGGGGACUACUUCCGACUGGGCCAUGGCACUGAUGUCCACGUGCGUAAGCCCCAGAUGGUAGAGGGACUGAGAGGAAAAAAGAUUGUCCACGUGGCUGUUGGAGCACUGCACUGUCUGGCUGUCACUGAAACAGGCCAGGUGUAUGCAUGGGGUGAUAAUGACCAUGGACAGCAGGGAAAUGGUACUACCACAGUGAAUAGGAAGCCCACGCUGGUGCAGGGUCUGGAGGGCCAGAAGAUCACUCGUGUGGCUUGUGGCUCAUCCCACAGCGUGGCUUGGACCACCGUAGACGUGACCACACCCUCAGUUCACGAGCCUGUCCUCUUUCAAACAGCCAGGGACUCCCUUGGUGCCUCCUACUUAGGUGUCCAGUCAGACAGUGAUUCAUCUGCUAUCAGCAACAAAAUGAGUGGGCAGAGCAGUGUGAAGCCUAAUCGACCCUCUUUGGCUAAGAUCCUUCUGUCUCUGGAUGGUAAUCUGGCCAAACAACAGGCCCUGUCUCAUGUGCUUUCUGCCUUGCAGAUCAUGUAUGCUAGGGAUUCAGUAGUAGAUGCUCUGAUGCCUGCCUGUAUGAUGUUGCCAGUGGAGUGUCCAUCUAGCUCCCCAGUCCCUCCAUCUGACUCGUCCUCUUCGUCAUGUAUGAGCGAUGAAGAGGGGCCACCUGUCCACCCUGAAACUGAGGAGCGCAUCAGCCCUAACCUCUGGCAAGACAAGAAGGGAGAGGUUCCUUCCUCAGAAGAUGCCAUCACCCCAUCGUCAGCCGUGACUCCAUCGGCCUCCGGUGCAUCCUCACGUCCCUUCAUCCCUGUCACUGAUGACCCUGGAGCAGCCAGCAUCAUUGCUGAGACCAUGACCAAGACAAAAGAGGACUCUGAAAGUCAGAGUAAAGUAGUGGGUCCAGAACCUCAGUACCUGGAUGAGUUCACCUGCCUGCUGGUGCCUGAUGACACACGCGUGAUGGUGGACUUGCUCAAGCUGGCAGUGUCUCAGCGCUCUGGGGAGAAGGGCAAGGAGGUUCUCUCUGCUGUGCUUUCUGGCAUGGGUACAGCUUAUCCACAGGUUGCGGACAUGCUCUUAGAAUUGUGUGUGACUGAGUUGGAGGAUGUGGCCACAGACUCUCAAAGUGGCCGUCUGUCGUCCCAGCCAGUGGUGGUGGAGAGCAGCCACCCAUACACAGAUGACACCUCCACCAGCGGCACUGUGAAAAUCCCAGGUGCUGAGGGCCUGAGGGUUGAGUUUGACAGGCAGUGUUCCACUGAAAGACGCCAUGACCCACUAACAAUCAUGGAUGGAGCCAAUAGGAUUGUAUCUGUUCGCUCAGGGCGGGAAUGGUCUGAUUGGUCUAGUGAACUGAGGAUCCCUGGGGAUGAACUCAAGUGGAAGUUCACCAGUGAUGGCUCAGUCAACGGCUGGGGCUGGCGCUUCACUGUUUACCCCAUCAUGCCUGCUGCUGGUCCCAAAGACUUGCUGUCUGAUCGCUGUAUCCUCUCCUGCCCCUCCAUGGACCUGGUCACUUGUUUGCUCGACUUCAGGCUCAACUUUGCCUCUAACAGGAGCAUAGUACCCCGGUUAGCUGCUUCACUGGCAGCUUGUGCCCAGCUUAGCGCCUUGGCUGCUGGGCAUAGGAUGUGGGCCUUGCAGAGACUGCGCAAGCUACUUACCACCGAGUACGGCCAGUCCAUUAACAUAAACAGGCUGCUGGGUGAGAGUGAAGGCGAGGCUCGCUCUAUGAGUUUCACUGGCAGUGCACUGGCCGCCCUGGUGAAGGGGCUUCCUGAGGCCCUGCAGAGGCAGUAUGAAUAUGAGGACCCAAUCGUCAGGGGAGGGAAGCAGUUGCUCCACAGCCCAUUUUUCAAGGUGUUGGUUGCUCUUGCCUGCGACCUUGAGCUGGACACCUUACCCUGCUGUGCAGAGACCCAUAAGUGGGCAUGGUUCCGCAGAUAUUGCACUGCCUCCAGAGUGGCUGUAGCUUUGGACAAGAGGACUCCACUACCCAGACCUUUCCUGGAUGAGGUGACCAAGAAAAUCCGUGAGCUUAUGGCUGAUCAUGAGAGCAUGAAUGGGCUCCACGAAAGUCAUGACUUAUUCAAGCGUGAGCAUGAUGAGCAGCUGGUACAGUGGAUGAACCGGCGACCAGACGACUGGACCCUCUCUGCUGGAGGGAGUGGAACCAUCUACGGCUGGGGCCACAACCACAGAGGUCAGCUAGGGGGCAUUGAGGGGGCAAAAGUCAAAGUGCCCACUCCUACUGAAGCCCUAGCUACAUUGCGCCCUGUCCAGCUCAUCGGGGGAGAGCAGACUCUUUUUGCUGUCACUGCUGAUGGAAAGCUGUAUGCAACAGGAUAUGGAGCUGGGGGUAGGCUGGGUAUUGGUGGCACUGAGUCUGUGUCCACUCCCACCCUGUUGGAGUCCAUCCAACAUGUCUUCAUCCGGAAAGUAGCUGUUAACUCUGGAGGAAAGCACUGCCUUGCUCUGUCUUCUGAAGGCGAGGUUUAUUCUUGGGGAGAGGCUGAGGAUGGAAAGCUGGGACAUGGAAACAGGAGCCCUUGUGACCGUCCUCGUGUGAUUGAGUCCCUGAGGGGGGUAGAAGUGGUGGACAUUGCAGCUGGAGGGGCACACAGUGCCUGUAUCACAGCCAGUGGAGAACUCUACACUUGGGGCAAAGGUCGCUAUGGCCGACUUGGCCAUGGAGACAGCGAGGACCAGCUCAAACCCAAACUGGUGGAUGCACUGCAGGGUCACAGGGUUAUUGAUGUAGCCUGUGGCAGUGGAGAUGCCCAGACUCUGUGUCUAACGGACGAUGACAUGGUUUGGUCAUGGGGAGAUGGAGAUUAUGGCAAACUGGGCCGUGGAGGGAGUGAUGGUUGCAAAGUGCCCAUGAAGAUUGAUUCUCUGACUGGCCUGGGAGUGGUCAAAGUGGAGUGUGGCUCACAAUUCUCUGUAGCCCUCACCAAGUCUGGAGCAGUGUAUACAUGGGGUAAAGGAGACUACCAUCGACUGGGUCAUGGUUCUGAUGACCAUGUUCGUAGGCCCCGACAGGUCCAGGGCCUUCAAGGGAAAAAGGUCAUUGCCAUUGCUACUGGAUCACUCCACUGUGUGUGCUGCACAGAGGAUGGAGAAGUGUACACAUGGGGUGACAAUGAUGAGGGCCAACUUGGUGAUGGAACAACAAAUGCCAUCCAGAGGCCACGGCUUGUGGCCGCACUGCAGGGCAAAAAGAUUAACAGGGUUGCCUGUGGUUCCGCUCACACCCUCGCCUGGUCUACAAGCAAGCCCACCAAUGCCGGCAAACUGCCAGCGCAGGUUCCCAUGGAGUACAACCACCUUCAGGAGAUCACCAUCAUGGCCCUGAGGAACAGGCUGUUGCUGCUGCACCACAUCUCUGAGCUCUUCUGCCCCUGCAUCCCCAUGUUUGACCUGGAGGGUCGGCUGGGACAGACAGGCCAUGGUCCCUCAGUGGGCUUUGACACACUCAGGGGCAUCCUCAUUUCUCAGGGCAAGGAAGCUGCUUUUCGGAAGGUGGUUCAGGCCACAAUGGUGAGGGACAGACAGCAUGGACCUGUAGUAGAGCUCAAUAGGAUACAGGUGAAGCGCUCUCGUAGCAAAGGCGGCCUGGCAGGCCCUGAUGGAACAAAGUCUGUAUUUGGUCAGAUGUGUGCCAAGAUGAGUUCUUUCAGCCCAGACAGCCUGCUGCUCCCUCAUCGCGUCUGGAAGGUCAAAUUUGUGGGGGAGUCUGUAGAUGACUGUGGCGGAGGCUACAGCGAGUCCAUUGCCGAAAUGUGCGAGGAACUGCAGAAUGGCCUGACGCCACUCCUCAUUGUCACCCCCAACGGCCGCGAUGAGUCGGGUGCCAACAGAGACUGUUUUCUACUCAACCCCGCCGCCAAGUCUCCGCUUCACAUGAACAUGUUCCGUUUCCUAGGAGUGCUUCUGGGCAUUGCCAUCCGUACUGGUAGCCCCCUCAGUCUGAAUCUGGCAGAGCCAGUAUGGAAACAGCUGGCUGGGAUGAACCUGACCAUUGCUGACCUCAGUGAGGUUGAUAAGGAUUUCAUCCCUGGGCUGAUGUACAUCAGGGACAAUGAGGCCACAGCUGAGGAGUUUGAGGCCAUGACACUGCCCUUCACAGUGCCUAAUGCUAGUGGCCAGGACAUCCAACUCAGCUCCAAAUACUCCCACAUUACCCUGGAGAACCGGGCCGAAUAUGUACGCCUAGCAAUAAACUACAGGCUCCAUGAGUUUGACGAGCAGGUGUCUGCAGUGCGGGAGGGAAUGGCUCGCGUGGUGCCUGUUCCUCUGCUCUCCCUCUUCACCGGCUAUGAACUGGAAACCAUGGUCUGUGGAAGCCCUGACAUCCCUCUCCACCUCCUCAAAUCAGUGGCCACUUAUAAAGGAGUGGAGCCCACGGCGCCACUCAUCCAUUGGUUCUGGGAGGUGAUGGAGUCAUUUUCCAACACAGAGAGGUCUCUCUUCCUCAGGUUUGUCUGGGGCCGUACACGUCUGCCCCGGACCAUCGCUGACUUCCGUGGUCGGGAUUUUGUUGUUCAGGUCCUGGAUAAGUAUAACCCCCCAGACCACUUCCUUCCAGAGUCCUACACAUGUUUCUUUCUGCUCAAGCUGCCCAGGUACUCCUGCAAGCAGGUUUUGGAGGAGAAACUUAAGUACGCUAUUCACUUCUGCAAGUCUAUCGAUACAGAUGACUAUGCCCGCAUUGCUCUGUCUGGGGAGCCAGCCGCCGACGACAGCAGUGAAGAUUCUGAUAAUGAGGAUGCAGACUCCUUCGCUUCGGACUCCACCCAGGACUACUUGACAGGACACUGAACUCUGCCCCUUUAAAAUGUUGACUGAAAAAACCUGCGACUGGUUGCAGUGAAGAAGCUGCAAUUUAAAGACUGCGUUAAUCUCACCUAUUAAUACACAUUCACACAUUGCAUUCGUUCUACUAAGACUAAAAACCUAAGUGGGGGGAAAAUGUGCAAUUAGAUUUGAAAGCAUUAUAAGCUGAAGAAAGUUUGAUCUUAUUUAGUUUCUAUAAAAAGGGUGCCGAUAUGACCUGCACACAUGGAUGUCGUGUUUCAUGGAAAUUAUGUAUAUUGAAGAGCUUAAAAAACAAAACAAGGCUCUAGCCUAGCACUGUGGUAGAUUUCUUUCAUUGGUUUUUGUGGAUUACAUGUCCCUAGAUUGUAUAUAGAAAUGAAACGUAACAGAUCAGUGGUAUUAAUGUUUUCUUUCUUGAUAAUAGCGAUGUUUCUUUAUAAGAUCCUUUUUAACUUAAAGGUCAGUGUUUCUCACCUGGCUCACAUCAAUCAAAGCCCACCCAAGGGUCAUUUUAAGAUUCCUGUACUUAUGCUCCUCCCCAACCAUGUUUGUGCACUGUCUCCAUGAAGAAUGUAUAUAAUAUGAUUGUGCCAUGUAUCCACAAAAGGUCCCAUUCCUACAUAUUAAAUGUUAAUACAUUUCUGUUAAUAAAUUUAAGUUAAAAAGACA